AUGCUAUGCUACGUAGAUGUCGGCGCCACGGCUGAGCUGGGGGGAGGGAGCACGAUGAUGACGACUAUGAACAAGCGAACGAGAUUAGGCGUGGCCUUAUUUGCGGUGGUAAAUGCUCCUUUCUCGGUGCAGCGUGUCGGUGCCUUUGCUGUGCGUUCUUGCGCAAGAUGCAAGAGAUCUCAACCUGCGAUGACGGUGGACUCGCCCCCUCUCAGUAGAGCGCAGCUGUUGAGAGCAUUUCCUGCACUAGUGGGCGUGGCGGCCUUUCAUUCUGCAACAGCAGCGGAGCCUGCACGGGCUGCUCUGCCUACAACAGAAGACUACGCUUUUGGUACCGGCUCAAAGGUCAAGAGGCCGGAGGUACAAGAUGAGCUAUCGGCUCCGCUCCCGAAGUCAUCUGUGAAUCCUGACAACCCGGUGGAGGUGGUGAGAGCUGUGUCCGGGGAGCUGGAUCGCAUGCAGACGCUGGUUAAGAAGGAGCGCUGGGGAGACGCGCUGACGCGGCUGAGGAGCUACCCGUUGACGGCCCUGAAGAGCCCAACCUUGGGCAUGAAGUCGGUGGGAGACGUGUCCCGUGCACUCGGAGUUAGCAAUUCCAAGGCUUCUGAUAUCCUUGAGGCUAGCAUGGAAGCAGGGUUAACUCUCAGGGAGGUGGAAGACGUGGUGUUCAGCAACACCCGCACGCUUGAGUUCUUCAACAGUGCCGACUACAAGCAGGUUGAAGACUUGGCCAAGGAUCGGACGCCCACAGACCUAACGGAGCCGUUACAGCUGCUUUCCGACACCAAGAAGUUGGUGGGAGGCGUGGCGGACUUGAUGGGGGCUCCGCAAUAA